UAUAAAUAUUCCACAUGAAGAUAUAAAUCCAAAACAAGAAAAUAAAGUCAUGAGCAAAGAAAGCAAAAAUAGAAAACUUUAUUUAAAAACCUACAAAACUUGUCAAUAAUGCACCAGGCUUUUUUUCAACCACACCCCAAUGAGUUGCUCUACAAGUAUCUGCUUUAAUAAUAACCUGUAAUUCGCCCAGGUAAUCUUAUUCUGAAUUUACACAUUAAAUAAACAUUUAAGAAUUCUACAUGAUGGAUGUACGGUGAGAAUAGCAUUCUGUGUUCACAGAUAACAUCAACUUGGAAAUAAUCCGUCCGAUGAAUAUAUUCAAAAAGUUAGAAGGUACGGAUUAUCUAUCUAUUGAACGGGUAUUGAUAACUGAGAAGAGUUACAGAAGUAUCUGAAGAAGAAUACUUUACAAAAUAAUUAAGCAAUGACCUGAUAGACAGCGUGAUUAUUCCGUCAUUUCAGAAAGACACAGCUGACAAUCCUCUAUGAAAAGUAGACGAAGUAUCGGUGACAGCUGGUUGAAUAAUGGUCACAAACAUACAUUUUAUUAAUACCUUUCAGUUUCUUAACUAAAAAAAAAAAAAAAGCUGUUGUAUUCGUAACAAAGAAAUCAUAGUUCACCAUUGGGUAUUAGUUUACAUAUCCAUUAUAUCGACAGUUUAUUCAUAUUUUCAGACACUUUCCAUACAUUUCGAAGGCAGUUUUUUUUUCUUGAGCACAUCCUGCCAACUUAACCAACAGCAAGAACACAUGAAGAAUAUUUGAACUGCACCAACAAAUAUUCUGUAUGACAAGCAAGUUGGCUGCAACACAACGUAAAAAAUUCUUCCGUUGCCUAAUAAAAUGAUACCAGUUAAAGUCAAAAAAGUCGAAGUGAAAAAGGGACGUUAAACUCAAAGGUUGCCACUCGGGAUACUUCUAUCUAUCUAUCUAUCCAACCAUCUUUUUCUCUAUCUAUCUAUCUAUCUUAAAGAUCUUAUUUAACACAAAUAUUUUUUUUUAUUAAUUCUUUUAAAAUAAGUUAAGAGCGAUAAUUCACCUACGACUAGUAGAUACGAAACUCUGACGUAAGAAAAUGUUGUUAGAUAAAAUUAAAAAGAUGGCCCCUGUCAACAUUCGCCUCAACCCAUUUGGGGCUGUGAUUCUGACUAUAUGUAUAGCAUGCGGAAUUAUUUACAAUUUUGGUUUACUGAAUUGGUUCCAGAAAGAGGAGAGGAUUUGCAUGAAGGAAUUGUUAUCCGUCAGUAUUGAAUUGGCACGUCGGGGUGGCCGAAAAGUAUUAGAAGUCCGAGAAAAGAAUGCAUUAACGGCCAAAGUGAAGGGAUUUACUAAAGAAGGGGCCGCCGAAUUAAAGACCCUCGGAGAUAUGGAAUCACAUCGCGCAAUUCUUUAUGGCAUGGCUAAAGCUUUCCCGGGACUUAAAGUCAUAUCAGAAGAACACGAGACAAAGCCAGUUGAUUUUCACAACAUAGAGGACACGGCAAAGCAAAGAGAAGAUGUGAAUAAAGAGAUAAAAUCUGACCAGAGAAUUCCACUGAAUCAAAUUGUUGUUUGGAUUGAUCCUUUAGACGCUACUCAGGAAUAUACUGAGGACCUUCGUCAAUAUGUUACAACCAUGGUUUGUGUGGCUGUGAAUGGUGAUCCUACAAUUGGUGUUAUUCAUAGUCCAUUUGAUGAUCAAACUUAUUGGGCAUGGGUGAGUUAUGGGCAUUCAUCAAAUUUAAAACCCUUGGAGAAAGUCCAGUUGUCCAAUGAGAAGCCUACACAAAUCAUUGUUUCCCGUUCUCAUCCAGGAAAAGUAGUAGAUGUUAUCAAAAAAGCAUUUGGAGAAAACACUGUUGUGGUCGAAGCUGGUGGAGCAGGUUACAAAGCUUUAAAUGUUGUUAAAGGGCUAUCAAAUGCAUAUGUACACACAACAGCUAUCAAGAAAUGGGAUAUCUGUGCUGGCAAUGCAAUUUUAAAUGCACUCAACGGGAAAAUGACCACCCUGAAUGGAGAUUAUAUUGAUUACUCCAGCAAAGACAAUGUACAAAAUGAUAAAGGCCUUUUAGCUACGAUGCAGUACCAUUACCAUUAUUUGGAACACCUGGAACCAUUAGCAAAGCAAUUAGAAAAGAAAACCUAGACCACAUCAUAUAUAGAUUUGUCAUUGGACUGCAGCCAUGCAGGAGCACCACCUUGAAAGGUUUAAGUUAAACAAAUCGACCCCAGUAUUUAUUUUUAAGCUUGGUGUUUAUUCAACUGGUCUCUUUUGCUUAGUUAUAAGGAUGUAAACAAACUGACACCAGUUAUCAAGUAGUAAGGGAUUGGAACAGACACAAAGACACACACACACACACAUGACAGGUUUCCACACAGUUUCCUUCUACAACACAUUAGUUGGCCUAGGGCUAUAGUAGAAGGCUCUUGCAGUGGGACUGAACCCAAAACCACAUGGUUGCAAAAGAAGCUUCUUAACCACACAGCCGUAUUUGUGUUUAUUUUUCUACACACUCAUACACAGAAACACACAAAAAUAUGUAUGUUGUUGCCCCUCUUUGAAUGAUUAGUGUUAAGUGAACCUGUGAUUAGGUGAGCCUCUAUGUAGUUGCUUAUCUUGUCAGAAAACACCAUUUCAAAAAAAAAAAGGGGGACAUAUUGGAUUAUGGCAGUCCUAGGUGGUAUGGUCAUGGCUGGAAAUUCUUUGAUCAUAAGUCUGCUCAAUUAGGACUGACCUAGGGUUAAACAACAACUUAGAACCUUUAUAAAUUAUUGCAUCCUGCAGUGAUCAAGUGUGCAACUAAGACUUGAGCACCUGUAUGUAAACAUGUUAUUGCAUUAUUUGUGUGUGUAUGCACCUGUCAACAGAAUCACUCGAGAUAUAUUUUGUUGGGUGUAAAAUGUAUCUACCAUCAAUACAAUAUCCAUUUGUGUGUGUAUGUAUGUAUAUAUAUAUAUAUAUAUAUAUAUCUGUUUUCAUGAGAACAGGCAUAUGCAGUUACACGAAUCUGAUAACUGGAUGGAUUUUCCAAGCGUAUUUUGCAACAGUGUCUCAGCAUUGCCAAUUAGGAAACUGAAAUAAAGUACUAAAAUGCAUGAAAAUAUCAUUCUAUAACUUCAGGAUUGAUUUGUUUUCGUCUUUGGUUUCUUUUAUUCUUUUAGAUUUGUUUUUUUUUUUAGUUGUGACUCCAUUUUCUUCCUCUAACAUGUAUAAUCCACUAGGGGAGGAUAUAUUUUUUUAAUCUGCAGCGUAAUAUCAAAUAUAUCCAAACAUUGGUGAUAUUCUAUUUCUUCUCUGUGAAAACUAAACGACCUUUCUCACAAUCAUGUGAUGUUGUGUUGAGUAUAUAAAUAAUAUUGGUUCUAUGAUUGAUUGAUUGAUUGAUUGAUUGAGUGAGUGUUGUGAAAAUAAUAUAUCUGUUUUAAUAUCAAAAAGAAACUGAAAUGUGUUUUUCUAUGAAAAAUAUACAUAAUAUCCACAUAUAUAUAUAUAUAUAUAUAUAUAUAUACAUAUAUAUAUAUAUAUACAUAUAUAUAUAUUUUCUUCUGUAACAGUUUGUUUGUAAUGUGUUGGAAAUAAGUUAUUCCAGUGGCUAAAAUUUUGGUAUUAGCUUGGGAAAAACUAGAAAUUCAGUAUGGCGAAUAUACAAUUGAAGGGGUAAAGCUGGAGGGCCGGUAGAAGAGCCAGAAAACAACUUGUAACCAUUAAAUUAAGAGGCUCAUUAAAUGAAUAUGCAUUCAUUAAAAUGUAUUGUUUAUCAAAAUUUAUAUUUCUUAGUCGUUCCAGUAUUUUCUUUUUUUUUUUUUUUUCAUUCCAUAAAUAUUUUGAUUCACUUCAGUUUUAUUUUUUAAAAAUCAAAAUGUGGUAUUUUAAAAUUAUAUACAAUAUAUAACAAAUCAUUUUUCAUAGUAGAAAAUGUUAACACCAAGUAUUUUUGCCUCCUUCCGUCUUCUGUAUGUUUAAUUGUAUUGGGUUCGCCUUGGUGUGUGUAUACGACUUUAUUAUUGCUGAGGAGCCAAAAUGCUAAGAUUUUUUUUUUAACCAUUUGUUCUAAAAUGCUCCACUUCCUGAUCCCGUUGUGAAUUUCUACAGUAGGGUCAUGCUAUUGUAAAUUUUGGGUUGUUUUUCACAAACUCGAUAUUUUUUUUUCCUUGCUAUUGUUUAAAAAAACGUUUCAUUACAAAUUUCCGAUUGAAUUCUGUUAACUCUAAUUUUAACGAAAUAUUUCUUACAAUUUUUUUGGUUUUUCAAACUUCUGUUAUUUGUGUUUUCCAGUGUAAAUAAAGUGAUUAGAUCAACGAAGAAUAAAAAA